AAACAAAGCCAGUAAUGAACCCAGCAAUAUAAUUAAUGCCGGUAUAUAUCAGUAAUAAAGCGAUUAAUGCCAAUGAUAAAGUCGGUAAUGCCAGGAAUGCCAGUAACGCUAGUAAUGCUAAAUCCAGUGAGAUAUCCAGCAACGCCAGUAAUAAGACCAGGAAUAUUGCCAGUAAAGCCAGUGAUAAUACCAGGAAUAGUACCAGGAAUAAUACCACUAACAAUAAUACAGCCAUUAAUAAAGCCAGUAAUAAUAUCAGUACAAUACCAGUGAUAAUGUCAGAAACAAUGCCAGUAAUGCAAGUAUUGCCAGUAUUGCCAGUAUUGCUAGUAAUGCUAGUAUAGCCAGUAAUACCAGUAGCCAGUAAUACCAGUAGCCAGUAAUACCAGUAGCCAGUAAUACCAGUAGCCAGUAAUACCAGUAAUACUGAUAAUGCCAGUAUACCCAGUGAAC